CGCCGCAAGGUGGUAGUAAAACAAUCUUGAAUUUCUUUUCUCUCCACUUGACAUCUCGUAAAGUAAUAUUGAAAUGAAGUAUUGUCUUCGUUUCGCCUUCAACAAAUGAAAAUUGCACAUUCAAAUGUUCAUUUAUUCAAAUCAUCAAUUACAAUCAUCGGAGGGAAUUUCAAUUAGGCCUUGUGUACAAUGUUUUUCUUAGUUUUUGCUGCAUUUUUAUCAACUUAAAAGCGGAGACAAGAUAGAAUUUUCGCGGGAAGGAAGACAAUUUUACACCACUCUUGCGUUCUUCAAAUUUUGCUUGGUAAUUUUGGCUAAGAACUGUAGAUUACUUUUGGAGAGAUAAACAUCUCUACAGGGAGCUGACGAAAAGUGUGUUUCCGAGAAAAGGCGUAAAAAUGUGCAUUUUUUGUUUGGGUUUAAUCUUUUCUUCUACCACUUCAACUGAAAAUCCUCACCGAGUGACGUUUUUUCAAUCACAGCCUCUGGUCAUGAACAAAUGUAAGUAAGGCUAGCUUAGGUUUAUUUCAGCUUGUUAGAUUUAUUGAGCACAGGUUAGCCUAACAGUAUAAUUUCCAAUAGCAUGAGCCGUGUUAAGAGGUUAUAAAAAAUUGAGGGGUGAAUAGAAUUAAAAGGGAAUUUACAACUUUUAAGUAUUAUUCUUCAACCAGCUUACUCUUGGAUUCAUCCAGAUUCGAUUGUUUUUUAUGUAUGGCUUUCUGUGGACUAAAAUACUUUUAAGUAUAAUUUGUCCUUAAUAUUUUAUAACCUAAAUGAAUCACAUUUAGCCGCUAACAUAAGCUUAUGUAUGUUUGUUUUAUCAAAUUUUGAGACAACAAAAAUGUACUGGCGUAGAGAACGAAAGAGGUUUACAUCAAGUUCGCCGCUUCGAAAAUGUGGUUUGCUGUGCCGUCGGAUUUUGGUGAUAUCAUUGUUCGUUGGUUGCGGUUUAAUGUUUAAAGCGCUGAUAACAAGAUUGGAAUGGAGCGACGGUAAGUAUUUCAGCUCUUUUUGUAAAAUUCUGACAGCUAACUUUUUAAGGUAUUGAUCAAGGCUGUUUACGUUUACUGACUUGCACUAUAAAAUGCAAAAAAAACAUGUAAGAAAUGCAUAACAAUGAACACGAUCGGCAAAUUUUAUAGUGCCUGAUAUUAUCUUCAGCCAGUUUUCAUAAAAUAUUCAGUUUUUCAGGGAAGCAGUGUCUUUUUGAAAAAUGGAAUUUCUGCCGGCUCUUUAUAAACAAACUCAAUUUUUGACAGAGUUCAAAGAUAAAGGCUGAGGUAGUUUGGGUUUACUUCCAAAAGUGUAAGCCUGGUUGAUCAUAAACGAAGAGCCAUAAAUAGUUCAAGUGUUUAAAUUUAAGCUUACAAUUCUCAAACCAGAAAAUUAAAAAAUAUUUAUAUUCACAACAUAAACCGACCUAGCGGACGAUCCAGUUGUAUGGUGGAAUUAACCUCAAAUUUUGCCGCUAAAAUCAGUUUAUCUGGCUCCACCAAAAGAUCUCUUCUGAUUCAUGUAAGUUUAUUCAGCUCAGCGAAAAUGUAGACGAAUUUGGGAAAAUGAUGGAAGUUGCUAGUGUAAGCUGUCAACGCAAGAGACAGGUAUAUUUUCGUUGAGUGACAAUUAGAAAACUAAAUCUUUCUCGAUAAAAAAGCCAAUAAUUUGUAUAUGAUAAUUACUUAUAUGUUUGAAGCAAGCGGCUGUAUAAUAUUUGCGUUUUGCUCGUUAAGUGAUACAAAAUACAGACCUCUAAGCCAAGGGAAGAAAAGAUGAUUAAUUUUUCGUUUCCCACCAUAAAGUUACAUGCGAUGAAAACAGGCAUGAAGCCCUUACGUUUUUGUUUGUAGUACAAACGAGUUACAGCUUAUAAUAACCUCCGUGAUCUUCAUGAGUCCAUUCUCUGUUUUUUUUCUCUAACAAGAUGUUUAUAACCGAGCAUACUUGACGUAUCGCAAGAAAUGCUUCGGGGAGUAAAAUUUUAAACCUUCUAAAACGGGUAAUUAUACUAUGUCACCGUGAAGAAAAGAAAUAGAAGGCCACCGUUAAAUACAACAGUCCUCUUUAAUCUUAAAUCUGAAAAAUACAAAACCUAGUACCUGUCUGGGCAUUAAAAUAAAAUUGGAAUUGAUACUGUCAAGAUAUCACUAAUUGCACUAAUUUCACUAAAAGCACUAGAGGUUUACAUAAAAAUUUGGUGAUCGGUAAGAUUAGAUUAGUUUAGAUAGACUUCGAAAACUUCGAUUGUUCUUUUUUGAGACAAAAUCUUUUGAGUCUCAACUUGAACCUCGCCGCUUUCGCUGCAGUUGCCCAAUUACUAUACAAAUAAAAUGCUUCAAUAUUGUCCCGAAAGACAAAUAUUUUUAAUUCACCUACGGCCUUGUUUGAAAACAAUUACACUAGAGGUGUUAAGCACACCCUUUGAAAUGACCUGCAUCUUAGGUUAUUAAAAAAUGCAAAUUUUGUUUUCCUGGCUACACACUAUUGCUGUGUAAAACGAAAGAAGGACAAAAAUCGCAAAAACAAAGGUUUUCAAUUGUCUUGUGUACAGUGUUUCCGUAAAGUGAUGUGGUUCUUUGACUGAUCCCAUGUUCGGAUUAAGGAUUAAGCGAAGAAUAGACAAAACUCUCUAAAUAUUGCCCUCAGUUUGAACGGCGUCAAUAAACUAGUGUUCGUUCGUACCUUCGACACCUCCUGUGUUCUACCUUGAGUGUGAAGUUAGAACUUCCUUCCUUCUGCGGUAAAUAGAAGCAACUUUUGUUUCUAAACGGGAUGAUUUAAAUUGAGUACAUUACAAAUUGAUUGUCUAUUCCACACAACAAUAUCACUAAAUAAGUAUUGAAAGUAAGCAAUGUAUUUUAUCUUUCCCUUUAAAUAUUAUUACCUGUUUUUAGUUCAAGAUUUCACUCUACACAUCUUUGAAAACUUUGUUUAUUUAAUGAGAGAUUUAGAGUCACGAAUACGGCAAACGGCAAACGUGAAUUUGUACCACGUGACCAAUUUUCCCCUUACUUUGCGCUUUACUGUUCAUUACCUCUACCUCAAAAUUAGUAGCUUCGCGUUAGUUUUGUCCAUAAAAAUUGGUUUGAACUGUUUUUAUCUGCACGUUGUCUAUAUUGAAAAAUUGUCAACUUGAAUCUGACGUUUACCGUUUGCCGUAAACGGCACUCUAAAUCUCUCCAAUUUCUACCCUAAUAAGGAGUAUUCAUUACCAUUUGAGAGAAGGCUAGGAUAAGAAAGCGUUUUUCAGAAACCACCGUCAGUUAGCACUUUCACUUCGGUGCUUGCCGUUUAUUUCAACUAUUAAUUUUCUUUAACGAGCAAAGCUCUUAAAAGUUAUUGCGACAGCUUUGUAAAUUUUGCAAAACUACAAGAAGCCUAAGUAAAGGAAGCUUCACAAGCAUAAAAGGAAAUUAAUUCUCUUGAAUAUGAUUCUUUUUCUUCGCCACUAUAUCAUUUAUCAGCCAUCUACGUCCUGAAGAAUAUUUCUGGGGGGAUGAAAAGACUAUAAUGGAUCUUGAAAGUUCUACUAAACGACUCUCGUUUUUCUUGUAUUUUUCUACAGAAUCUGUUUUUCAAUCAAGGCAUCUGCUGUCAACGGUGGAGUGGGAAACGUGCAACUUUGAAAUAGGCCACGAGAGAAACUACUCUAAUCGAGAGUCUUGGACCGCGCCCCGUAAGGCUUAUGCCUGGCUAGCAUUGCACAUAUUUCUUAUUCUUGUUAUCUUUGUAGGUAAGUGAAGGUGUCGUUGUCACAAUUUAGGGAACGUUCUCCGGAAAAACAGAACUUUUUAAAUUUACCAUUGAUGCAUGAGACGCGUUUCGACGCUACUUUUUUAUCAUGACAUAUUACAGUAUAAAAACAGGUAUUAAAAUAAACUUGUUUGAAAAUCAUCGCUGAAUUUUAGCGCGCCCGAGUACAAAUGAAUUAUGUAAUCGAUUACGUAGACCGGUAAAACCUUUUGGAUUAGUUAGCAAGUGAUGUUUUUGCUCUUGUCAUUGUUCUGUAAUCUAAAGAAACGACGGCGCGCGUUUAUCUGCUUACCACAACACAGCUAGGCCUAUCUUUCUUACUGUUUCUGGCUAGUUUUUGUGAUUGUUUGAUUUCGAACCCAGUACAUGAAAAAGGGGAGGAAAACUAUGAAAAAAAUCCUUUUUUUUUUCAUUACUUUUUCACUCUUUCACUGGAGUAUAGCGACUUUCGCCGGGUUUGGUAUAGCGCCGCGGAUUUUAUGAAUUAUAUUUUCGUGAUUCUUUCUUUUCUCCGCUCUAAAACACGUUCUUUACCUCAUUAACUUCUGAAUCUCUUUAUUAGUAAAAAAAGUAAUUGUACCAGCUGUAAGGCGUCUUGACGUAUUUCAAUAUAACUAAUAAAUGAACACGACCAAGUCUCCUAAUUUUCAUUUUGUUUUUUAUUUCUUAGCGCUUGCGAUUAUUUGCGACGACUUUUUUGUACCGUCAUUAGAAGCUAUCUCGGAAAAACUUGAUUUGUCCGAGGAUGUUGCGGGUGCAACCUUCAUGGCGGCGGGUUCCUCUGCACCAGAACUUUUUACCUCCGUUGCUGGAGUCACGGUUGAAAGCGAUGUUGGAAUUGGGACAAUAGUAGGGUAAGAACGUCCCUUGAAAAGUUUUGAUUUGCAAGUAUCAUACAAGGGCUAUUUGCUGAGCCAUGGGGAGCUGCGCGACUUAUGGGCUAUUUACACGGGUAAUUUUAUUGGCAAUUUUUUGCGCACUAGGACGGAAAACCCAAAUCGCACCUGUAAGCAGUCGGAAAUUUUACCGCAAUUUUUUAAUUGCAGCCAAGUGGCUGCAAUUUUGAUAAUGAUCGAAACUCCAGCAAUAGGGUCCUUUCGAUAUUUUUGACCGCGCACUCCUGAGAACUAGGUAGUCGCAUGUAAGCGAGGCUUAGAGGACACAAGAUGGCUGACUCUGCUGCAGGCAGUUUUCACUGUAAACCGGUUCCUUGGUUAAAAGAAUACUUAAAACAAAGGGGCAUUCAAGGCUCAGGAAAACGUAAGGUUGAACUGGUAGAACUUUGUGAGAAAAGUGAGGAGAUGAAAGUCCCAAAAAUUGCUGAAGAGGAAGCACCAGUCGAUCCAAGAGUUUCUAUGAAAGGGCAACUGAAAACCGAUGAGGGAGAUCUCGCAAAUCCGUUGGAUAACGAAAACCGUGUUUUUUCCCAAUGGACCAAAAACUUUACUGACGUACCGGACUUUAGAUUCCCCGAUCUUUUUAAUUACCUGGUGGGUAAAGAUCCCGUAUACAACAGCGAAAGCCUAAAAAGUUACAAAUCUUUAUUGGGGUACAAAUUAUUUUUUGAUGGACAUGUGGANUCCUUUCGAUAUUUUUGACCGCGCACUCCUGAGAACUAGGUAGUCGCAUGUAAGCGAGGCUUAGAGGACACAAGAUGGCUGACUCUGCUGCAGGCAGUUUUCACUGUAAACCGGUUCCUUGGUUAAAAGAAUACUUAAAACAAAGGGGCAUUCAAAGCUCAGGAAAACGUAAGGUUGAACUGGUAGAACUUUGUGAGAAAAGUGAGGAGAUGAAAGUCCCAAAAAUUGCUGAAGAGGAAGCACCAGUCGAUCCAAGAGUUUCUAUGAAAGAGCAACUGAAAACCGAUGAGGGAGAUCUCGCAAAUCCGUUGGAUAACGAAAACCGUGUUUUUUCCCAAUGGACCAAAAACUUUACUGACGUACCGGACUUUAGAUUCCCCGAUCUUUUUAAUUACCUGGUGGGUAAAGAUCCCGUAUACAACAGCGAAAGCCUAAAAAGUUACAAAUCUUUAUUGGGGUACAAAUUAUUUUUUGAUGGACAUGUGGAAGAACUUUGGUAUCAUCCACCUCAACCCAAUAGUAAUUACAGUUAUUUUAAGUUUGCUGUAAAGCCAACUGAAAAAUCCAAGACUGAUGAUGGUUCAGCAACAUACAGAGGGUUUUUCAUUUUAAAGAAGGAUGGAAGUGUCAAUUCAGCCUACUGCUUAUGCAAAGGAGGGUAUGUAUUUUCUUCUUUUGAUUUCUGAAGCCUGUCUAUGUGCUUGAUAUUCCAUAAACAUACGUUUGAGAAUCAAAACGUUUGGUCUUUUCGGUUGUUUUUCUCUGUGACAGGUUUUGUUUUAUUCAGAUUCGAAGGUUUAUAUUUUCCUUGUAGCAGUUGUAACAUGAGUAAAAAGUAGAUGCCUCCUGAAUUGAAGAUCUAAAUCAAUGGAUGCAUUAUUUUAAGUCUCAAACCUUCUGGAUCACUUAUGACUUCAGCACUAAGUAUUAAAACAGUGGUUCAAAGUCAGAAUCUGUGAGCCUAGUAACUGAACUUAUUGGCUACUUUACAGUCUAUCAGUGUGAACAAUGUGAGAUACAUAUUUGUCAUAUUGGUCCUCCUUUAAACAGGGCAGAUGGAGGUUGCCGGCACAUAGCUGCAGCAUUGUUUGAUCUAGAAGCAAAUGUGAGAUUCAAUGAUCUCCAAUCAUGUACAUCAGGACAGUGCAUGUGGAAAAAGAGAGGAAAGAGAAAUGAGGGAAGUUUGCCCAUUCAGGACCUUCAAACGAGUGGUAGUUACGGUGUGACAUUGAAAGACCCAAUUCACCCAAGAGAUUUUAAUCCAAUUUGUAUUCCCUAUAAUGUGACUGAACUGGAACAAGAUUUUAAAGCUGGGUUGCUGGAAACAUGUCCUAGCUCUUCAGCUCUGCCUUUUUUAUCUUCAACUAAAGGACCCAGGCAUACAGAGGAAGAAGUCAGAGCUUUCAUCAGCAGUGAUGUUAAUGUCUGUAAAGAAGAAAGUGUUCAAAGUGUACAUGUAUAUUCAAUGAAUGAUUACGCCAAAGUGUUUGUUUCUGUUAAUACUGAGAAAGUGAUGCCUACAGUUUCUAAAGAACUUGCAGUUGAAUUCCUCGAGUCUAUUCCAUUUAAUGAAGAGCAAGCAGAAAUGAUCAACAAGAAAACUGUCUAUCAAUCCCAGUCUCAAUUUUGGUUUGAUCAAAGGGCAGGAAGAAUUACAGCUUCCUCAUUUUACACUGUGUGCCACCUUAGAGAGAGCACAGACAGAAGAAACACUAUUAAACAUCUCAUGAAUUACUGUCCAAUUGCUGAAGAUGCCAUGCCACGACAGUUGACAUGGGGGCAUGAAAAAGAAAAGCGAGCACUUAGUCUUUACAUAAAAAAACAGAACAAAAAUCAUGAAAAGUUGUCAAUAGAAAAAAGUGGACUCAUUGUAAACACAUUAUGGCCCUUCUUAGGAGCCAGUCCUGAUGGUAUAAGGAUUUGUGCUUGCUGCCAAAAGAAGUUAAUUGAAGUUAAAAGCAUGUAUGCAAAAAGAAAUCUCCCUCCACAUGUUGCAGCUGAGGAGAACCUCAUGCUUGUGGAUGGCAAGUAUGAAAUUAAAAAAGAAACCAAAUGGAACUACCAAAUCCAGGGACUGAUGGGGAUAACAGGGAUUCAUCGCUGUGAUCUAGUUAUAUAUACCCUCAAAGGAAUAUUGAUUGUAAACGUUAAGUUUGAUAGUGAUUUGUGGAAUGAAAUGCUCCAAAAGCUGAGAAACUUCUUCGUGGAGUAUAUAGUUCAGGAACUAUUCCACCAUGACAUACUUAAGUCAUUAUAGAGUGACUGCCGUUAGAUGCUGAUUGUAAAAGUGAAGGUGCUUAAAAUUAAUAGUGUUUUUUGUCUGUGCUGGAUUAGAUACCACAUAAUUUUAUUGAUCUGUCUCUGGAUACGUUUAAUACAUGUUUCAUUUACCAUUUACAUACACUAAGUAGGUCUGCUUUUCUGCUCUCUGGACAAAUGCGUCAGUCAUUUGGCCAGUGGUGGUAGCAAAUUACACAGAGCAGCACAAACACUUAGAAUAUUGUCUGCAGUGGGUAGCAUUUGAAGAAGGAAGUUCCCUUGUAGAAUUCUAAAGUCCUUAAGACGUCCAAUAGCACGUUCAACGUGGAUCCGAACACUUGCAAUGGUACGGGUAGAUUUUACUGCCUUUUUUGAAAGUUGCUUUCCUGUGUAAGAGGAGAAAAAAGGAUUUUGAAUGAAGUAAAUGCCAAUUCAAAAGGUACUGAUAGUAAAGUACUUGCUUUUUUGGAAACCUUUUUUCCAAACAAAACCUGUACUAAAUUAUUGGAUGGGUGGAAGUGGCAAACCACUGCCUCACACCAGCUCUUUCUGAAUUUUCUGGAUCCACCCCUGCUAUGUAGACAUGUUUGGAAGUUAGUAGAGACUACCUUUAUCUUUGAGCAGUUCAACUUAACCCUAUAAUAUAAAAAAUAUUCCUAAGAAACUUCUUCUGUUUAGUUAGAAAGAUCCUUUUUACAAGCAACAAGUAAUGGAUGCUGUUAUAUCUGGUUUUUUUUUUGGUUUUUUUUUUUUUACUUUGUCCAGGGAGACCUUCUCUUUUAUCUUAGCAUACCCUCUUCCACCCCUACCCCAUUAGCUCCCUUUAUUGGAAAGGUACCUUUGCAAAGUGGUGGGAUAUUAAGUGCAACUUUCUUUCUUGUAAGCAGAUCUCUGAUGUUGAACCCCUUGUCGGCCAUAACAGAAUCCCCCUCUUCAAGUUUGUCCAGUAGACCACUUCUUUCUGUGAUGUAUCUGUCACUGACAUUUCCAGUCCAUAGUUUAGAAACAAAGGAGAAGUAACCUGUUGGAGUGAUUCCCACCAGUGCUUUCAUGGUAUUGUGCUGUUUAUAGUUACUCCAUGUAGCUCUCUGGGCACUAGGGGAUGUUGGCUUUUGCAAAAAUAUCUCUGUGCAAUCUAUUAUUAUUCGAGUGCUUGGAAAUUUGUUAAAAGAACUUGGCAACUUUUUCUUAAUUUCUUCCUUACAAGGCCAUUUAAGAAGAAUGUCACGAAAAACUGUAGAUAAAAAGCAAAUCCACGUUGUGAAAACUUUGCUAACUGAUCCUUCUGAUACUCCAAAGAUAUCUGUAAGAUGUCUGCUUAAAAGCCCAAGUCUGAGUCUCACCAAAGUUAAGAUAAAUUCCUCCAUAAUGGUCAAUAAUCUUUGCUUUCCAGGCUUUUUUUUACUUGAAUCUUUUUGAUAGCUUACUUUUUUUUCUUUGUUUUUGUCCCAAUACUUAAGUUUUUCUGCAAACGGCUUGAGCAAAUUAAAUAUCAUCAUAAAGCAAGCAAGGCUAGGUAUACCCGUAAAAAAUUUGACAGACUCGUCAUCUUUCAAAACAUCAUCCACAAAGAGCUCUCUUUUCAAUUGUUUUUUGUUUGAUAACUUUGAUUUAAGUUCGGCGUUCUCUUGUUUUAAAGCGUCAAUUUUACUGGUUAAAACCUCUAGAUCUUCGUAAGGAAAGUCCGUUUGAGUUCCUUUGUCGUUAGGAAGAAGGUGGCAAUAAUUGUGAUCUAAAAGGGCUGCAUCGUCGCUUAAGAAACAAAUGUCUUUGUCUUCCUCGGUAAGGCUUCUCUUUUGAGGUUCAGGACAUUUUUCAUCAACAGCACGUCUCUUUCUGUCCUCCAGUCUCUUUUCACGGGAAGAAACACGACAUUGGUGGGUCGAGGGAUUAAAAUAUUUCGGUAAUUCACCUGGAAUAACUUCUUUUCUUCCGCAAAGCGACUUUUUGAUGGAUGAAGCCUCGAAGUGUGCGCUGCAAAUCCGAGGGUUUUUUUGAUUUUGGAAUUCGGGAUCACAACGUCUACAGAAGUUUUUCCAUAGCCUUCUAAAAUGCCCUGAAGGAAAACAGAAAAAGGAUAGAUCCGGACGAUUCCUUGAACUGUUCGAGCAGUUUGCUACCGAACAAAAAUUCACCAUGACUUUUGCAAAACUUGGAGCAUUUCAACUUACAGUGAAGACAGUGAAUGCAUUUCUAUUUUUUUAUUUUCCCAGCUGUCCUCUAAGCCUCGUUUACAUGCAAGUACCUAGUUCUCAGGAGCGCGCGUCCAAUAAUUUCGAAAGGACCCUAUUUCCCGUAAAAAUGCCAACUUCUGUGCACCACAUUUUUAUUUUGGCAUUGAGAUCGACGAUGCUUUCACGCGACAAAAUGCGCGUUAAAAUCGCCUAUGUAAAUACGUGUUUUGGGCAAUCGUAACCUUUCUGUUAUCCCUGUGAACUCCAAAGGGCGUAACCAGUGCUCUGUAGUUAACUCAGUAGAAGCGGGAAGGGGGGGGGGGAUUACUCGGGGGAAACGUUUGUGCAGCGAUUCUCUACCCAGUCUGUCAAAUAACCUUUGUAUAGGUAAUCAUGCGAUUCCGAGUUCGAUUUGGAAUUUAUUUGCACGAGUGUGUUUUUCAAAAAGUAUUAAGAAAUUUGAGCUCCCUGCAAAAACACGCGAAUGAAAACUAGAGUUAAAGUUAACUAUAGAUUUGUGGAUUUCUUUGCAGCGAUUUAAAGUCCAUUGUAUGAAGCAAAUGUAAAAGGAAUAGACGGGAGCUUCGCUUUUAGCUUUGCUUAAAUCUAUAUAUUGGUUAUGCUACUAUAAAAAGCAGGUAAACAGCCACAGGAGGCUAUAUUGAGUUGGGAUUCCUUCUUUUUCUCUCUGCAGGAGUGCAGUAUUCAACCUGCUUGUAAUUAUUGCCCUUACUGCGGCUUUGGCUGGAAAGGUACGUCAGUCUUAUUUAUUAGAGACAUUUAGAAUCACCGCCGUAACGCCAAACGACGACAAACGUCAAAUUAAAGUUGACGAUUUCUUAAAAUGUGCAGAAACGCGUCCUUGGGUGCCGUUUUUUUAGUGGAUAAUGUGUUUGUUUGUUUGCAUCUGUCCAAGGAGGACACCUCCAAAAAAAUCUUAAGUUUGGCUAAAUCUAUAUUCUGACCUUUUUCAUUCUUGAAACCUAUUUAAAACACAUUCGGAGGAAAAAUAUGUUCAAUUUCAUUAUUUUUUAUUCUUAUUUUUCGUUAUCAUGGUGUGUGAGUAACAAAAACUAUUAUUGCAAACCCACCCGACCUUUAUUACAUCUAUGGAUCGAUUAAGGAUUCUGAGAAACUGCCCACCUUCCCCUCCCCUAAGCCAACAGUUUACCUCAAGUGAGAAGUAAGUGUUAAUGUUAGCUUACGGGAGGGGUAGGUGGGUACUUUCCCAGAGACCUAAUUUGCUCCACAUUUUUCACUAAAAAGUCUUCAACCAUUCUAGCAGUUACUUGAAACAUAAUAUACAGAAUUUAACAACUAAAAUAUGAUUUCAUUGUUGCAAAGUUACAAUGAUUACUACAAUACAGUGAGUAUCGGACUUCCAUUCGCUAAAAUGUUAACACAGUAUAAAUUCGAGUGAAGUUUAAGAUGAUCCCUUAGUAAAAGAACCUAACAUAGAUUGUAGAUAAAACUUGGUACACUGAUGUAACAAGUCAAGAAGAUGAUAAAAAAGUAAUAAAAAGUGGGGGCCAUCGUGCUUGUUUUGACGUCACAAUGCUGACAAAUACGGCUAUUUAGGACCCUUUGACAAAAACCGUGUGCAACCCAAAACUAGACAAAAAGGAGAGGUUUUUUUGAUGAUGCAUGUGGUAUCGCACAUAAUUUGACUUUCUUGUAUUGUUUAUCCACUUACGUACCAGAAAAAUGCCUUUUAAUGCCUUUUUUUUACUUUACGGUCCAAAGUAGAAUUCAAUUGCACACGCGCGCUUUCGACCGCUGAUGGCUCAAUCCGUACAAUUUAGCAAAAUUGCUAAAAAACUGAACAUAGAUUUGUGCCAAUUUUUUCCUCAUCGAAAGGAAGCAAUGUCCCUAUUAAAAUCAUGAAAUAAAAAAUGGGGGUCACCGUACUCGUUUUUGUGGUAGAGCUGCAGAAAGUGCGCACCAAAAGCAUUUUCUCCGAUUUUUGAGAGAGGACUGGGUCGAGUUUCAAAAAAGACUACGUGUGAAAGGGGGAAGAAAUUAUUAAAAAAUCCGUUUUUACAUAAUUUACAUCGAGAUAUCACAUUUAAGACACAAUGUGAUAAAGAAAGUGAGCAAGCACAGGUUGAACAUCCACUAUCGAGGUUCUCCGUGGGGAGGUCGAACUCAGCACUGACACGCGUACUGCUUACGUUAUGCACAUUCCCGACACAUUGAGUCUCACCUCGGCAAGAAACAACCGCAGGCAAAAAAAUUUCAAUAGCGUUUCCCUUCAGUCAACUUCAUUUUAGUAAUGUUACUUCACAUGCUCUUUUUUACGGCGGCCAUCUUGUUAUGCGCAGUAAGAGAUGCGCAGUGCUAAACCAGGGAAUCACCUUAAGUUAGAAAGUUAAACCAAACGAAAAAAAGUUGAGUAAAUAAAGCAACCACGUUUAGCACAGUGAAACCGCAAAUUUACAGACACUUAAAGGUCAAGUAAUACGGGCAACAUUUUCGCACAACUUGUCGCGCAACAUUGUUGCGUUGCAAGUUGAAAAGGGCUGUUGCCCGUAUUACCAUCUUCCCUCUCAACUUGUCACGCAACAAAUUUCGAUGUUGCAAGUUGCAGCUCUUUGAAAAAAUCAUGCGUUGUGAUUGGUCAACAUUGUGUUUUUGUGUCAGCAAACAAAAUGGCUUGUUGACCUUCUGUGAUUUCUUUUUUUACCUCCCUUGUCAAUACCGUUCUAAGGCUAUGUAGCUGUUUUUUAAGACAGUUUGGUGAAAUGUUAAAUUUUUGACAUAACCCUUCCAGAGCUCUUGACCUCCGUGACUUGUUUUUAUACUGUGGUCCACAAGUUUCCCACAGACAAGAGUGCUUUUCAAGUUCUUUGCACAAAUCUUUUCUUUGGGCCUCUGACAUUUUUUCACUAAUAAAUUCACAAUCUUGGGUCUCAGCAUUCUUAACCUCCACAACCUCGGCCAUGUUUACUUUGCCCAAAUCGGAUAUGCCCGAGGUCAAGCGCGCGCUUACUCACCAUCUUUCCCGCGUUUUUGGUGCGGGAAAAUUGACCAAUCACAAGUGUUGUGAAGUGUAGCAAGUUGUGAUGCAAAUGAUAAAAUUGAAAGUUUGUUGCAAAAAGUAAAACUCAGGUCUCCUUUGCGCAAUAUGUUGUCACAACUUGCAACAUCAAGAUUUGUUGCGUGACAAGUUGAGAGCGAGGGUGGUAAUACGGGCAACAACGCUUUUCAACUUGCAACGCAACAAUGUUGCGCGACAAGUUGUGCGAAAGUGUUGCCCGUAUUAAUUGACCUUAAGGAGAAGUUAAGAAUGUAUUUCUUUCAAAAGCUGGCGACAGAAGCGCGAUUCCCUGCCAAACGGUGAACCAAAGUAGAAUCCUGCGGCUAGCAAACGCAUUUUCUCUGUGAUAAGAUGCUACUGAAUACGACUGGUUUAUUCCUUUAUCUUUACGUUAAACCCAGCUAACAAUACUGUCAAUACUUCUCAAUUCUGUCAAAAAUAUUUUUUUGGAGCAAGUUCGGUUAAUAGGCUGAUUUAGCAACAGAACGGGAACGUCAUUUGACGACGGGAAAGCUCGCGGAAAGGACUAAACUCGACUUCCGGUGCGCAAUUUGCGGCUCUGCCAUUGGUCAAGCCUAAUAUGAAGCCGUUUCAUUUUCGAUGGGUUUGAAUAAGGUUCAGCAAACUUUUAUUGUGGUACAGAACCGGAAAAUUUGACGCGAAAAAAAAAAAACAAAACAAAACAAUGGGAGUCUUUUUUUUACCUCUUGGUUAAUUCGCAAAGAAGAAUUGUUGUUGAACUCAAAAUAUGCUAAAGGGUUCUCUAGUUAUUUUAAACAAUGUUAUUUUGCGUUUUAAACUGUGCGUUGAAAUUUUCUUUGUGUUCAACUACUUAUUGAGUUGGGCGCGAUAAAAAGCUUGCUUUUUUAAUCAUCAGUCAAAUUUCAAACAACAUGACUCAGACAAUGCAGAUGGUGCAGAGUUCACAAAGUUAUGCAUUUUACCGAGUUCAGCUAACUUUAAAAAAAUGUUAUAAUAAAAAGACUGAAUGUUCUAUUAAAUAGAAAUUAUUUCCCUGUUAUGUUAUCGCAUUGGCCAAGAAGGAAUUAACUCUAUACACUUUGAGAUACUUUUAGGUACUUUAUCCAUACCUUUUUUUGCUUGGGCAAGAAAAUUAAAAUAAACUGUUGAUACCCGGUUACUUACCUUGUACAAAGCGCGAUUAUAACAUUGCUUGCAAGAGGAACAUUCACGACAAUAUGAAUAAACCAAGUCUAGCUUCAACAGUGUUUUAGGAAACACCUGCAGCCAAACCCAAAAGUGAGCUCAGAUGACUCUGACUGUCAUCAAGAAUAAAUAAGGACUUAUGAUUAUCGAAAUUUCCGAACUGGUGAGGCUACAACAUUUACGUUAAUUGAACGCUAAUUUAAAAGUGUUUUUUCAUUACUUAUAUUAUUUCUCCAAACUUGCCAAGGAUCCCUUUAUAAACGAUAACGGAGAUCGCCAAGUCUCCAUUGAGUAUGAAGCAAAUCGGUUGCUACAAACAGACAGUGAAGUCCUGGUGACUGAUUUUAAUUUGACACAACACUUGACGUUGUAAGAUAGAUGGCGGCUGUUAUCGUUAUUUAAUCUAUCAGUAAAUUAUUGGAUAAUUAAAAUUUCGCUCAGCUACGUGCCUAACAGCCAAGUAACAAAUAAGAUGAUUUUCGUUAUAUGGGUCGGAUCAUUGUCCUAAACAAGUAUGCGAUAUGCUUUGGUUGCUUGUUCACAUACGGAAACCCAGAAAAUGCCUUUGUUAGGAGCAUGAUAUUUUUCUCCUAAACACCAUAGUAAUGAAGCAAAGAAGGGGAUCCUCUUGUGCAAUUUGUUGUGUUUUGAGAGUUUUGACAUAUCUGCUUUGGUAUUUAUUGACACAAUGUGCGACAUCAGUUAGAGCAAAACAUCACCUUUAAUUUGUAUUCAUGACCAGAAAAUGCAGAGGCGAAAAUUAGCCCCAGAAAAUUUUGAGCUCAAGAAGAAUAACGCGUUAUGAAAUUGCUUAAGAAAAUAGAAAACUUUUUCGGGCUCCGGUGAACGGUAAUGUGUUAAACACAAAGAGAACACACGGCUUCCAAUGUAAUGGUUACCUCAUUUAGACAAACUCUUUUUCAUAUCGUUUCUUAGACUCUCAGGCCUCAUGGAAUAAUUUAAUUGGACGGGUAACCUUAUCGCUCCGCCGUGUUUCUAAAACCUUUGCUGGAUUAUGUUAAAGAUUAUAACUCAUCACUGGGUGAGGUUUUGCGUUUAUUAUUAUUAAUAGGCUGAUUUAGCAACAGAACGGGAACGUCAGUUGACGACUGCGCGCGCAAAUCAAACAACUGGCUUGACCAAUGGCAGAGCUGCAAAUUGCGCACCGGAAGUCGAAUUCAGUCCUUUCCGCGCGCUUUCCUGUCGUCAAAUGACGUUCCCGUUCUGUUGCUAAAUCAGCGCAUUUAUUAUCAUUAUUAUACUACUACAUGAGAAAUUUCUGCAAUUUGAUUGGCUCAGGGCAGUGGUAUUUCAGCUUAAUUUGAAAUACCUACAUGUGAAAAUUACAGCCCUUUUGCGAGUAGUAGUAUAAACAAAUAAUAGCAUGUGUGACAUUUCAAAAUUGUCUUAAAUUUCACUCGUCUAACGGCUCGUGAAAUUAUGUAUAACAAUUUUGAAAUAUCACUCGUGGUAUUUAUGCCAAAUAUCACUACAAAUCAUGCUAUUACCUAUACUAAUUUUCAUUAUUAGUAUUAUUUUAUGGUAGGUCCCGUUUGCGAGUAUCAUAAAGCGAAACAUGUAUUCUGACUGGCUACUUGAAAGGGUCACUAGAUAGGCAGCCAGAGAUUGUCCAUUUUGUCCCCGCAAGGAAAAUUUUGAUUUCGCCAAGCUGAGAGAUGUUGAAUUUUCAUUCCCCCCCUAGGUUCUGCAGUUGGACUGGAGACCGCUAAUGAGAGACUCUUUCUGCUAUGCCUUGUCAAUAGGUGUUUUCUCGUGGUUCGCGUGGGAUGGCAAGUUUGAGCUUUACGAGUCUGUAAUUCUUCUAGUCCUUUACAUUCUUUACAUUAUUCUGAUGAAGUUCAACACCAAGUUAAUGAAUCUUAUGGCUGGUACAAAGUAAGUAAAUUGCAGUUUUCUUCCUCUCAUGCUAAAGCUUUGUUUUGCAUAAGAACCUUUGAGCAAUUUUGUCCCAGUCUACUCUCUGGUAAAGACGAAUACCAUUGGAGGUGAUACAUUGUUUAUGAUAUAGCGACGUGUCCACCUUACACGGACAACAGAGAUCAACUCACGGUGUACGUUUUAGGACGGUGUUCGUCUUAAAGAGAGGGCUGGAUUUAAUUUUCCAGUUUUUUUAGUUUAUGUCCUUUCAAUCUUUUCUUUUGUUGACUAAUAUUUCGCUUUGUGAUUAAAUAUGACUUGUUAACUCAGCUGAACAAUUAAAAUAGUUAACCGGCUUAACGCGCCUAAUCUUUUAAUUCAUAUAGCCUGUAAAUUAACGUAUUUUGCAAUACCAAUUUUUUUUAUGAUCAAAUAACUGUUAAAUUUGAUAAUAGUUGUUAAAGUCAAAUCAAGAUCCAGAUCUGCCAGUCAAUUAAUUCCUUGUCUAAAUUAUAAGCCGGAAUAAAAAAAUAAUAGAGAUAACAGAGACUAAAUGAUUUCGCGUGAAAGUUUAUAGUAGUCGCGCAGCAAACAACAGGGGCACCCAGCAUCAAUUUUCGGAAAAUAUCUGUUCGGGAGACGAUUGGAGAUCUAGAAUUUUCGGAACAUUUGUCGUAAAAUUUCUUGCUUGCCUGCCUCUUCUAUGAUUUUCGAACAUCUAAAAACUGGUAUAAUUGCCCAUUUUUGACGGAUUAUUACCCUAAAUAAGUCACCUAGAAUUUUCGCGAGCCUUUUUUCUGGCUGAAAUUUUCGAAAAGGUAAGUUUUUAUCCCUAUAAUUUUCGGAUCAUUAGGCUUUCAGCUAGGAAAUCCGAACAGAUGAAAAAUUUUAAGGAGAUAAAAAUAUGCCCGUAUCUACCGUUUAAAUACUAAAAUACGUUAAGCAAUGCUAUGUUUAAGUGGUUUUGAACUAUACUCUCGAUGGGUGCCCCUGAAACAAUAAACGUUGUUCUUUAAACUUCUUUUUAAACUCUACCUGUUCACAAACAUUUUUCUUUCCAUUAACUUCUACGGUUUUAUAUCUUAUCGGUCAUGGAGCAGAGUUAUCUCAAGAGAUGAGGAGCUUCCGCUGAAUCCUUACACACUGUUAGUACAUCUUAGUUCAAUAUUAUUUCCCUAUCUUAUUUCACUCUGUUAAAUAAGCUUCGAUGAGCUCUUCCCCACUGAAUUUAUACAAGGUAUCGUAUGAUAGUGAUUAAAAAGAGUAAAAUUGAAAGCUAACAUUUGAAGAUCUGUUCUAGAGAAACUAGUAAAAAACCGAGCUAGUUUUAAAAUUUGAGAGUAUUUCGCCUUUAAAUAUUAAAUAAUUAUAAGACCGACGUCACACGUAUUCUUUAAAUAUAACUAAAUCACUCACUUUCUUCAACAUACAAGUAACAGUUAAACUCGUACUACAAGUCAAACCAUUGAUUUUCCCUAAGUAACCAAGUUCAAACAAAAUGAAGUUCAUUGGUUUCUUUUACUUUCUAUUCCUGCUAUGUUCUUGCCAACUAGACUAUUAACUGCAACAGGGGCACCCAACGACGGCUUCCACCUAAAUACAUUGAAAACACUUUUUAGGUUAUCCAGAGUACUUUUAGAUCCCUAGAUAUGCAUUCUAGGCAGCGCUAUAAAAUUUGCACCUGUUCGGUCAUCCUAGGGAACUUGAGUUUUUUCGAAAUCACAAGGGUUUCAGUAUCAUUUUCCCGAAACUUUUAGAUGCAAUUUACAUGUAACGUAUUACGAAAGAGAGAAUUUUUCUGAUUCCUCUCUCCAUCACAUUUUAGAAUCAGAAAAUGUUAGGUUUCCUUUUUCUAAUAAACAUAGCGUAACCUGGGUAGUAAAAUAUGAAAAAUUAAACUUCAGAAAAUAGCCCUAGUAGGGAAUUUAUUGCAUAAGCUUCGAAAAUUGAACAUGAAUGGAAAGGUCCUCGAGAAACUUUCAGCCGUUCUCAAGUAAUAGAAGAUUCUAAUCAAUACUUGCUUCUCAGCACAGAUAUUUAACAGAAAACAGUCGUUGGGUGCCGCUGCUGCAAGAACUCGCUUGAUAGAUAAAGCUGUUUACAUUCCAUGCGUCCUCAUCCUAUACCUUCAUUGCGCCUGUUUUGUUUUUAGGCACAAGGGAGGACAGGUUAGUCCGGCUCAACAAACAGAAGUGACGCAAUUUACGAGCAGUGAAAUUGAGAUUCAGGCUGACCAAAAUUCCCAAACUUCUUCAGCUGGUGUGCUUCACGGUCGCCAGGGAACACCAGCCGGCAAACUACCUCCCAUAAAAUCUGUGGUAAGUACACUUUUAGAAACCUCUGAAGAAAUCCCUCUUUCUGCUUCACAAAAAAGACAGCGAAAAAAAAAGUCUUUUACCCUAAGGUGAAAACGACAGCACGACUUGUUGAAAGCUCGAUUGAUUUAAAAACAUUUUUUUAUCUAGAGAACGCUUCAAAUGAGUGCGCACCAGAUUAUUCGUGCUGUUCAUUUUGAGAAAGAUAACACUUGUCCAUCGUGGGUCUGCGAGGUUCAGAUACAAAAGACUUCAUAUCAGUCUCAUCUAGUGUUCAACCAGACUGUGACGUUUGUUCCACAAGCGGUUAUGAAAUCUAUGGAAGUUUUAGUGUCCCGUCGUGUUCCAUUUGAUGAAUCUAGCUAUGCACUUUUUACUCGUGUCAAUUAGUACAUGUUUUCUGUUAAACAAAUUUCUUGUUCUUGUUUCAACUUAUAGGAAAGUAACUUAGCAGAGGGAGACCAAGCUAACCAAUUCUUAACAACCGGCUCUAGUCACACCAAAGGCAGAUUCGCUCACGCUAACAAAGGACAACUUUCUAGGUCAUUUGUAAGUGAAAAAACUUUGUUUGUCUUUUCUUUUGUGUGUUGAAAAAAGAUGCAAGUGUUAGCACGCUGAUGGAGUAACCUUACUCACUGAACUGCUUAAUACUCGCUGUGAAGUGCGGCAAGACCUAGGCCCCGUUUACAUGAAGAAAAGUUGUCCCGGGAAGAAGGGUCGCCAUGAGCAAGUCAACGUUUCAGUGAUUUUGUUACCUCUGCGUCCCGCGUCCCCGACGCUUAAAAAUCCCCAAAGACGCAAAAUAAUUCAUGGCAUACGUCCCGUGGGAAGCAAAGCUAUCUUUUUCACAAUAAUUCUGUUACGCGGAAUCGUUGUUUUGAAUAGUAGCCAUGGUUAGUUUGUUUAAAGGAAGUUAGUCCUUGGAAAAAGGUGACUUGCACUUUGAUUCAAAAAUCUAUUUCAACAUCUUUGUUUGGCGGCUCAACAUCAGCUAUAUGUACUUAGCCAGAGAGAGAGAAACUUCGUAUGUUUGCUUUUUUUUUCUAGAUUCAUAUUAUAUUAUAACAAUGUCACAUUUGUUAGGUAGUCUUAAGCAGUCGAGGCAGACAGGAGGAAUGGGCAUCAGUUGUGUUUCAGGGAUACUGUUAUCACUGGAAACUGAAGGCGGCUCGUCAGUAGAGACAGGAAGCGUAGAUAGUUAGCAAUUGUUUUUUCUUUUAUGCUUUAUAUAAGAAGGCUCGAAAUAUCUAUUAGCAAUAAAAGGUUUACUUGUCAAAUUAUUUGAAUAAAGAGGCAGCAAGUAUUCUAGUUUGUCUGUUUGUGUAGGUGAAGCAAGUAGUCAAGUUUUCCUGUUUGUGAAGGCAAAAAAAAAUUCCUUCUCUUUCUAUCGAUCGACAAAAAUAAACUUCAAACUACAAAGAGACAAAAUUCAGGAUCGAACACAAGCUGGAAACUUUUUCUACUCUUCAUUGUUGUCGAUGUCUUCGAUUCUAUUCAUUUUGCACACCAGCGUUUAUUUCAGCGUAAGAAACGAACCACACAAUAUCAGGGAAUUUUGCAUUUGACACGUUUAGUAGUUCGACCUGUUUAUGAUCUUUUUAAUACCUUCCUGUCUCUACUUUUCGAUCGAUCCUGUUUUCAAUCACAGAUUAAUCUAUCCUUGGGGCACAGCCAUCAUCGGUCUGUACCGCCUUCUGUCAAGCCUCGAUUGUCAAUGUCGUUUCCGGGUCUAAGAGAUCUUUAUGACGACCCUAAGGCACAUCGAAGGAGCUCAGUUGGAUUCCAUGGCCAUGUAGAAGGAAUUAGACUCAAAUCCGUGGCACAGCAACAGGUUCUAAAGGAGUACAGGCGACGGUCAGAUAUGAUCCAACAGCAACAGCCUACGGUCGCUAUUGUCCACGUUGACUCCAACGGCAACACGCAUACGGUACCUUUGGAUGAUGAAAAAAUUACCUCUGGGAUCGAUGAAGUAGACGAGGAACAGGGGGAACAAACCAUUAAGCCUUGCCCUUGUUUACCUGCGGUAUCUGCCGAGUAUCCAGAGUUUCCCGAGGAUGGAGGCUGUUGGGCAGCGUUUAAGUACGUUUUGGGCUGGAUCUUGUUCCUGAUAAGCUUUCCAUUCAUUUGUGCGUUCACUUGGACCAUUCCAGAUUGUAGUAAGCCACAUAACCGAAAGUACUUCCUCGCUUCCUUCAUCAUGUCCAUCGUUUGGAUAGCGAUCUUAAGCUUUGGCAUGGUCACCUUGGUUGGACGGUCAGGAUGUAUUCUCAGCGUGGACAAGUUUACCAUGGGUUUGGUGGUCAUUGCUAUUGGUACCAGUGUUCCGGUUAGUUUUUGAUACAUAGUAACUAUUUAAACAGGCCACUGAGCUGGACAAUGUACCCGUAAAAUUGUAAUCGCUUGAAAUUUAUGACGCCUUGUUAUUCGCUUAUUAAGCCCUAUUAAGCCGGGUUAGCCAAAUACCCUACCACCGAGCCACACCAGCACUUAAUUUGCAAAUGCCAACCCCCGGGACUUAAAAGGCGCCCAAGUCUCCUCGCAAUUGCCUGGGGAGGGGAUGGACGCAGCUAUGUAGUCAUCAAGGUUUCCGUUUGUCCUGUUCAAAGCGUUGGUGCUCUCAAGUCAAUUUAACUGGUCAUUUCGAUUGUCUGAAAAUCAGAUUGUCAGCUAAAAAUAUGUUACGGCAAAUUGAUUUUUUAACUUUAAAAUUUACUUUUAAUUAGAAUUUAUUCCUGGCUCAAAUUUAGCCAUAAACCAAGGAAUAUCAGGGCCCUAGUAAAGAAGUUAAAACACCAAAUAACAGUGAAGCAUUUUUUGCAGGCAUUUUCUUUGACCGACUCUGGUCGCUUUUCGGACCAAAAUUUGACAAGAUCUCAUCUGGUGUGCUUUGUUCUAUAUUCUAUUUAGGACGCUCUGAGUUCCAUCCUUGUUGCUCGUGAUGGAUUUGGAGACAUGGCCGUGUCAAACGCCAUUGGUUCAAACGUGUUUGACAUAAAUCUUGGCAUUGGGCUACCAUUUGUCAUCAGGGGCUUGAUUGAUAACUUUGAAGCUAUACAUUUGCUCUCGAAAGAGGAAGAGGUGGGUAUUUGAAUUUGUGUUUUCACCAAAAUAUGUGAUGCUCUGCAGCAACUGAGGGACAAGAAUCAGCACGCACUCUAAAUAUAGGUAACAUUCGCGCUAAGUGGUGUGGGGUCAGGAGGGGAGCGGGGGCUGCUUUUCGGGUUUCCUACUAUAACAGCCCUUUACUCGCGAUCUCUACCUGAUUAGUAGAAGGAUUUAGUUAACAUAAUGCGACGAAAGUGACAAAGGGGCAUUGGCUUGAAAUGCAAGACUAAAAUUUAAUUGAAGUAGUGUAUAGUAAAAAAAAGACUUGAGUAAGUAAAUCUUGGGGGUUUUGAAGGAAAGAGGGUCGUAAACAUCUUGGCCCUACGCUCUCGUUUAUAUAUACCUGUUUUUAUUUCUUUACAGGAUAUGUUCCUCUCAGGGGAUAUUGUAAUGGUACCACAUGUAAAAUUUGGUUUUAUUCUGCUGCUGAUUCUUCUAAUCGCACUGGGGAUUUUUGCCGCCUCGCAUUUUAGACUCAACAGGCUAAUUGGUAGCUCGUUUUUCUUCAUGUAUAUUGCCUUUGUAGUCUACGCCUACCUCCAAGAUAUGUUAUGUGACUACGAUUGCUGACUGGAAAACGUUGUUAGUAGUUGCUUCACUUUUAUGGCUGUCGCUCUUUUACUGGUUGCAGGAAAUGUUACUUUUUCAAACAAAAAAAUUUUUCCUUGAUUUGGGGAUCCUGCAAAAUUUUCCCUUUUAAUAGUAACAGAACAGCCAGUCAUAAACGACCAAAACCCUCAAACCGUAUUUGUACUCAAUCAAGACUUAAUUUAGAUAUUAUUUUUGUACGAGGACGUCUUUUAAAACAGCAACAAGAAAAUCGUAUUAAAGUUCAAAACUCAUUUUAAUGUUCCCUUGAUGUUUUAAUGAUCGUGAUAACACUUGUUACUUUUGAAGGAAACAUUACCACAUCAAGGGAAAACUAUAGUGAGAUGUGUUAUUGAUAUAAAAGAAACAUGAAAAAUUUACUUUACAUUCAGUGGUCUUGGGGAAGGAUUCGAGCAACAAAAUUAAAGAUUUCCCGGAUAUUUUUUUUUUUUUCAAAAUCUUUAUUUAGUUUUGAUAAAUAGAAG